AUGACUACGUGUACUUCCGUCCUGCCUGGUGGGUGCUGUUUCCCAUACUUGACCGCCGAAAUCCACCAUUUCUACGUCCCCAUCUCUCCCUAUACAUAUCCUUCUCUUCCAACAAACUACAUUUCAAAAUCGAUUACUGUUUCUUCGAUCGUGAACAUGAUGAUUGCCAACAUGGAACACACCAUUUCAUCGUCGCCUUCCUUGACUAGUUGCCGCCAAUCGGCUGGUUUUUCCGAUAAAUCAGACGCUGUUCUUUCUCGUCGGAGGAGAACGGAACUCCGACGGUUGAAGCUUUUGACGUCAAAUGGAUCGGAUGAUUGUUUAUCCAAGAGGAGGCGGUUUGAAAACAUUGAGAACGAAGGCGAUCAUGAUUUUCCUUAUCAUUCGUCGGUCAUCGGACGGCGGAGGGAGAUGGAGGAUGCUGUUAGGAUAGACUUAGGGUUUGUUCACGAUGAUGACUCGAGGAAGUUUGAUUUCUACGGGGUUUAUGAUGGUCAUGGUGGUUCGCGGGUUGCGUACGCUUGCCGUGAGCGGUUACACAAGCUGUUGGCGGGGGAGAUGGAGAUGAAAAAUGGAACCACGGCGGCGGAGGAGAUGAAUUGGGAGGAUUUGAUGGUGGAGUGUUUUUCGAAGAUGGAUGAUGAGGUGAACGAAACUGAUCUCGUCGGAUCAAUGGGUUCGACGGCGGUUGUUGCGGUGGUUGGUGAUAAAGAGAUAGUGAUUGCCAAUUGCGGUGAUUCAAGAGCCGUCCUCUCCGCCGGUGGCGCCGCCAUGCCAUUGUCCAAUGAUCAUAAGCCCGAUAGACCCGAUGAGUUGGAAAGGAUCGAACACUUGGGUGGACGAGUGAUUGAUUGGAACGGGCAACGUGUGUUGGGAGUUCUCGCUACAUCGAGAUCGAUAGGUGAUAAACAAUUAAAACCGUAUGUAACAGCAAAACCAGAGGUGAUUGUACAUAAAAGAGACGGUAUAGAAGAAUUUAUGAUACUAGCUAGCGAUGGAUUAUGGGAUGUCAUGUCUAACGAUUUGGCAUGUCAUGUCGUGAGAAAAUGUCUAGAUGGGCGGAUUUUUCGAAGGAGAUCGCAACAAAUGAAUGCUACCAUGAAAGGGAACAAACCCAGAGCGACAAAUGCAGCUGUAGUCUUAACGGAACUAGCAAUUGCUCGUGGCAGCAAAGAUAAUAUAAGUGUUAUUGUCGUGAAUCUUAAAGAUUAGAUCUCUGACGAUUGUUAAGGGUGGUGUCGUCACCUUCCUUUUUUUUUUUCCCAUCCAUUGUGAUUCAUUUUCGUGUUUUUGAUGGCUUUUGUAAGUAAUGCCAUUUGUGUUUUUAAAGGCUUGUUUAACUUCGACUUCUGUUCUAAUAAUACAAAUGUUGUAUAUAUGUAUACUAAUAUUGGUUAUAUCAGUAAAAGUUAUACUUUAUCUG